AUAGUAAUCCCGUUCAAUCAAACAAACCCCAGACAUAGACUGUAGUGGGGCGGGACGGGGUCACGGCCGGGCGGAGCCGGGAGCUGUCAGCGAACUCUCCGACACAAAGGAAAGGAAACAAAACAAAGACAGGAAGCCGGAGUUCACUGCUGUAUCCCACUCACAUCCACAAAACAGGGUGAUCCUUGUCCUGCUUUCUUGAGAGAUCCGUGCAGAAACUGUGGCGUUGUGUCCCCUUUGCGCAACGUCGUGAUGAAAGGGAGUCGGGGCAGCGCGGCGGACUGUCCGGUGGGCGGUGUCACCUCUGUGGAGGGGUUGCCGCCGCUGCCCAGGGGCCUGAGCGGCAUCCUGAACUCCAGCGCCGGGUCCUGGCGGGACAUCGAGAAGUUGCACAGCAGGAGAACGCGCAUCCAGGCCGACAUCAGCCGGGGUGGCGGGGAUGCGCCACGCGGUCACAGCAAGCCGGGCGGACUGGACGCUGCUCUGGCUCUGCUGCGGAAAGAGAUGGUCGGUCUGCGUCAACUCGAAGUGUCAUUGCUGUGCCAGCUGUGGUCCCUCCACGAGGCUAUCCAGGAGCACAAGGCGUCCUCGCUUAUGUCUGAGGCCUCCUUCAGUGCUGAUAAUGGAUGCUCGGAGGAGUAUGAAGAUGAGGAGGAGACUGGAGUUCUCUCACAGCCUUCAUCUUCUUUGUCCUUGUCUCUGCCCCCACCCAGGAGCAACACCAGGGACCAGUGGAUCAAGGACUCCUUUCAUAUUCCCUAAUGAAGAUACAGACACACAAGUUCCUUACUCUACCUUCAGGCCCCAUUUACACUAGCUUUUGUUCAGAGAAUAUGUCCAGUAUGUAGUCUUGUGUUUUUACACUUUCUAAAAUCAGUGCCUGUUUGAUAAAUCUGUCUGCAUUUAUCUGACACCUUUUCAACCAGGAGUGACUUUAUUAGACAUCCCAUUGAUGUGGUUGGAAGGGUUUUGGGAGAAGCACAUGACAUACGUGGCCUUUGCAGAUGCAUUUACACUCCACUGCAUCUUAAAAAUCAGGUUUGAUAGUCAGCUUUAGCAUGUCUUGGUUACACUUGCAAGUUCAAGAAGCAUUAAGGGGCCAAUAGUGGCCCUAACAGUCUAUAGUGUUUGGAUUCAUAGCUGCACCUACUUUUUACUUUUCGUUCCUCCACUUGUUUGCACGUACGCUGCAUAUCAGGAUUGGUGGGUAAUGUACAUUUUUAAACUGCGUCCAAACACUGGUGGGUUCAUUAAAAAAAAAUCUGGCUGUGGGCCAGUCAAAUGAAAGCAAACAGUGGCUCUGUUAACUGGCCGCUUAUUUGCAUUUAAACAUGCACUACCUUGGUGUUGACUUUGCCAUCUGUUGUAUGUUGCAGCGGAAAUAAAGCCAACUAAAAGAGGAAAAAAUCAAGAUGAGACUAGACCAGAUGUUAUCAUCUUUUUGCUCUUCAUUGCAUAAUGUGCAUGCUACUACAUGCUGCUUGCUUGGCAGUGAAAUUGAGCUGGGUGAAAUAGUGUGACGUCUGUGAAUGCAGUUGUGGGAUGAAAUGUUUGAUUGUGGUUUCCUGAUAAUCCCAGACUUCACAGUCCCUGUUGUGUAAAUCGAGAGGGAUAAUCUUUCCUGUUACAUAGUAUUUACUUGACAGAAGAACAGACAAAAAUCUGUGUUGUCUUUAAUUCUGUGAGCAUUUGACAUGAGCAUACACAUUUUUCUCACCUAAAUAUGAGGAGGAAUUAUUUUGAAAAUUAUGUAUAAAUCUCUCCAAAUUGAUUGAUUUCAUGUUGGAAUUAUAAGAUAAGAAAAUGUCUGCUCAGUA